AUGACUUAUACUGUCCUCUCGAAUGACCAGGUCAACUCCAUAUUGGAGGGCCUGAAUAUCGAGGAGCUUGAAGAAUUCCGACAUGUGCUUGCCUCAUCUCUUCACGAGUUCUCUACCGGAAUACCAGCUUUGGAGGAAGCCUUCCAGGAACCAGAGCGCACCUCGACACUGCAUCCAGAAACAAUGGCUGAAACCCUUUAUGUACCCUCAUGUGCUCCAUGCGGGAUGGGCUGCAAAGUGAUAUCUUCAAUUAGCCCGGAAGCUCCUCAAUACCCCGACAACACUGAGCAGCUUAGUCCAGUAGGCGUCGUCAACUUAUUUAGACCAGAUGGGACACCACUCGGCAUCAUCAAUGCAACUGCUUUGACAGCCUUUCGAACCGCUCUGGCUUCAACCUGUCUUUUGGCACGCCGUAAUCACGUCAAGACGCUGACCGUAUUCGGUAGUGGCUUACAAGCUUACUGGCAUAUUCGACUGGCUCUCAUGAUGCGCGGGAGCACAAUCAAGAAAAUACACGUUAUUAACCACAGAUGGAGUGAAACGGCAACUGGGCUACUAAAACGAUUCGCUAACAUCGAUCCUGAGAUCAAGCAACGAGAAGGCUGGUACGACACCAAGUUUGGACUUCUGAUCCCCGCAUUCCACGAGUAUAAGCGUUUGAUCAAAGAGCAGAUAAGAGAAGCGGAUGUGAUCUAUUGCUGUACUCCAUCGCAAGACGACCUAUUCGAUGGGUCCAUCUUAACGUCUCAUGAGGGCCGCAAAAAGGGAAGACUUAUCAUCGCCGUAGGAAGCCUUACACCAAGGCACCGAGAGUUGCCAGAAGAUCUUUUACAUCUGGCGGCCAAGAGAGAGGACAAGCCACAUCGACACUUCCACAAGCAUGCUGUUGAAGGGGGAGUGAUCGUCGUCGAUAAUAUCCGAGGCGUACUCAAAGAUGCAGGCGAAAUUAUAGCGGCCAAUAUUGGCCCCCACCAAAUGGUUGAACUGGGAGAGCUGGUGAUGCUUCACCGUCUAGCUAUAGAAGAAUCUGAUGAUUUUGGUAGCAGUGAAGUUUCUUUAGCUUCCGACAUGGACAAGAUGGAUAUCCAUAGCCGGAGCUCUAUGUCAUCCGUGUACGGCAACGAAACACCAACCAGCCCUACCGGCUCAGUCGACUCUGGAAGGCGGAGAUCCAGCUCUAUUUUCCACUCGAGAAAGAGUUCCAGCAGCUCUAUGGAUAAAGAAAAGAAAAAGUCAGAAGACCACCUUUGUCGAUGGUUACGAGACGGCACUGUGGUGUAUAAGAGUGUCGGACUCGGACUGAUGGAUCUGGUGGUCGGGACACAUUUAAUCGAGGUUGCACAAGAGAAGAACGUAGGAACUAGGAUAGAAGGCUUUUAA